ACACUGACAUGAAGCAACCUGAAAAAAAGGGAACAAAAUAGGUAGUAAUCUGUCUGCGCUGCGUUGCAAUUGCGAUUAAUUUUUAUUAUACCUAUAGAAUAAAGCUAUAAAAACAAACACAUAGAAAAUAUUUUACAACCGAGCAAGAAAAUAACAUGUUGGUGCGGAGACUAAGAUCUUUAUGGGGCACAGUGAGGCUGGAAGCAAGAUGUUUUGCAAGUGAGCCUGCUAAACCUGUGACUGCUCCAGUGAAAGACCGAGAUGGGUUAGAUCCUGCACAGGCCGAAGCAUUUGACAAAGACAUAUGUCUCCUGGUGGAUGAGAAGGACAACUUUCUUGGGACUGCCACCAAGAGGGAUUGUCACAGAGUAGACCCCGAUGGCAAUGUAUUGCUACAUCGUGCCUUCAGUGUUUUUCUGUUUAACAAACGAGGAGAUAUGCUUUUACAGAGACGAUCCAGUACAAAGGUAACAUAUCCAGACUACUAUUCAAAUGCGGUCUGCAGUCACCCCCUGUACAUUGAUGACAAACAAGAGGAUGUCAUCACGGCAGCUCGACGUCGACUCAACAUUGAAUUAGGAAUACCAGUGAAUGAUAUGGACCCUGAGCAGUUCACAUUUCUGACCCGCGUCCACUACCACGACCCCGGCGACGGCGUGUGGGGGGAGCACGAGAUCGACCACAUCUUAUUCUUCCAGGGUGAAGUCAAAAUCAAACCCAACUCAGAAGAGAUAUCAGAAUACUGCUUCGUGCCUAAGAAUGAAUUCAAUGCCUUCUUGCCCACAUUAGAAGGCCCUACAACGCCCUGGUUCAACCUGAUCCGUCGCCACAGGCUCAAGCUGUGGUGGGACAAUCUCCACCGCUUGAAAGAGCUCAGUGAUACAAAGAUCCAUAAGCUCAUGGAUGAGAAGAAGUAAUAAUAACGACCAGGUAUAUGAUUUCAAACAAUAAGACAAAUAUAUUAUGAGUAUUAGAUAGAUUAGAUUGGUAAUGAGUAUUAAGUAUGUAUGUGUCAUUUAAGUUUCAUUAUUACUCCUAUUGUUUUCUUAUUUGUGUUAUUUCAAUAUAGACAUGUCCAAGAAUGUAUAGUUAGCUUAGUCUAUUCUUCUACCAUGAAUGAUGUUAUAUAAAUUAUAACAAAAAAAAAAUAAAGGAAAGUGAAUCUGUUUAUAAUAGACUGAUGGGUGCUUCAAAUAUAAAUUUAUCACAAUUCAAAA